UCCCCUUUAAUGUAUCUUGACUCUACCUUACAAUCUGAUUGGCUGCUACAUGUGAAUGAAAGGAGGGAACAAUCAAUAUUUAUAUAAUAAUGUCAUGAAAAUGAAACUACAACACCUGAACGUCAACAGUGGCAGCACGAGACAAACAUGGCCAGCAAACUUCUUCAUCCUCAAUAUCAGCAGUGCAAAGACCAAGAGCUCCAGAUUGUGAUAGUUGGGAAGACUGGAGUCGGUAAGAGUUCGACAGGAAACACCAUCCUGAUGAAAACGGCUUUUCAGACUCGGAUACAGCCAUCCUCGGUGACACAGGCCUGCAAGAAGGAAAAAGGAGAGUUGGAUGGACAGAAGCUGGCUGUUGUUGAUACUCCUGGUCUGUUUGGAGGAACAAAAUCUGACAUCAAGGUGAUGGAGGAGAUCAAGAAGACCGUGCUGUCGGCUUUAGAUGGCCCCGUUGUGUUCCUGGUUGUGCUCGAGUUGGGCGAACUGACGGAGGACGAACGGAAAACAGUGAAAUUAUUACAGAAGACCUUCAGCAGAGAGGCAGCACAUCACACCAUGGCCUUGUUCACUCGAGGAGAUGAUCUGAAGGAACAAGGAGGUUCCAUAGAGGACUUCAUCGGAGCAAACCCAGCUCUGCGUGACUUCGUCAGGGAAUGUCGGGGGGAUACCAUGUUUUUGAGAACAUAGACGGAGAUCCCUCUCAAGUUGUUGAGCUGCUGCAGAAGAUCAACAGCAUAGUGCGGAGAAAUGGAGAAAGCUACAAUCUAAAAACACCAGCAACAGAAGAAGCAGAAAGAAGACCUGGAUUCAUCAAGGUCUGCCUUCAAGGUGCUUUUACUGGAGCGUGCACUUUAGUCACAUUAUGUUUUAUCAUUGACGCAAGAAAUA